ACAAGCUAGCCGUUCAUAAUGGCAACAUCAGACAAAGCACUUUGAUCAUGAUGAAGAAAUUGCUGCACAGCUGACGGUGGACAAGCCAGGACCACCGAAUCUGAAGAAUGGGCUCAAGCCCCGUUGGCUAAACCAUCCGCUGCUCUAUUAGCUUCACGAUCACAAGGACUCACGUCGGAAACCCAUUCCCUUCCAAGCGUGCUUCGAAUUUCCCUUACUAUAUAAAUGAUGACACUCUGCAUCUCCCAUUCCCGAGCCAACUUCAAGGCCCAGAGAACCCCCUAAGCUUCUGCCGUAAAAGUAGAUCCCGCACUUAGCUUGAAUAUGAAACCUCAAAUUAACUUGACAGUCCCCUCGUUCGACGACGCCCACUUUACUCCUCAAUUCUAUCAUGUUUGGUCGACCCUCAACCAAAGAAAGGUGAGAGAUGGAGAACUCUCACGCAACGUUGAUGCUUUUUCAUUGGGGAUGAAUUGAACAUGAAACUAGAAAAACAAAACCUGCUCGCGCGAGUUGGAAUCCUAGAGCGCCUAUAUAUUAAUCCAGAAGGGUCCAUCGGACAACCAUGAUCACAAGUCACGACGUCGUUUCCAGGCAUAUGAGUUUUUGUGCCCCCAUUCCAUUGUCAGACCUACCCAUGAAAGGAAGAAAAGCUCCGCCUACUCAUUCCUUAUUCAAAAUCAAGUCCUUCUCGUUGCUUUCAAACGCUUCAGUAGAAGAAUACACCUCGGAAGAGUUCGAAGCAGGGGGCUACCAAUGGACUCUAUCCAUAUACCCGACUGGCAGCAAGAAAAAAGGCGCGCAAUUUGAUGCAUCUCAGUAUAAAUUUGAUAUAGCCGAAGGUUGUUGGGCAAGAAAAAGUGAUCAUAUCUCAGUAUAUCUAAAUUUGAUGCUUUCAAGCUCAAAGUCACUUCCUAUUGGUUGGGAGGUCAAUGCCAUCGUGAAUUUGUUCGUAUACAAUUUUCUUCGUGACGAGUAUUGUUCUCAUCAAGACGCAAACGUGAGGCGUUUUCACAAGCUGCAAACUGAAUGGGGUAUCCCAAAAUUCAUGGACCUUGCCUCGUUCAAGGAUCCUUCAAAUGGAUUUCUGAUUGAGGAUACCUGCGCUUUUGGAGCCGAAAUCUUGGUCAUGAAGCCUCCUUCCAAAGAAGAAUUCUUAACAAUGAUAGAUGAGCCCGUUCCUCUUUCCUAUAGGUGGAAAUUCGACAAUUUUUCGAAAGCUAAUCUAGAAAAGUACGAGUCCGAGUUCCUUGCUGGAAACUACAAAUGGUAUGUGUGA